UCUGUGUGCGCACUGUGGGCUCCGGUGCUGAGACGACACCUCCCACACGGAUCGUUUGGCUUGGACUAAAGAGCUACCUGCAGCAUGAAGGCAACAGGUGCCUUAGUGCUACUCAGCCUGCUGCUGCUCUCUCUCAUCUCAGAUGUAGCAGGUGAAGACAUUGAAGAGAUUUGCAAAGAGUUUGUUAACAGAAGCGUGUACUGCACAAGGGAGUCCAACCCUCACUGCGGCACCGAUGGCAUCACGUAUGGAAACAAGUGUGCCUUCUGCAAGGCAGUGCUGAGAAGUGGAGGGAAAAUAAGAUUGAAGCACCUGGGGAAAUGCUGAGCCCUGACUGCCACCGAGCAGCAACGGCCGUGGACGCCUGUGCACAGACACAAGAGCAGCUUGCCCUCAUCUCCACUGUCUCUGCUCAAUAAAGUAAAACUCAGCACGA